AUGGGUAAAGAUUUCAAGUCAGGUGGUGGCAAUGCUGGUGGAAAGCCCUUCAAUAAAGGUCCUGGAGGUCCUGGUGGAAGACCCUUCAAUAAGGGUCCUGGUGGUCCCGGUGGUCCUGGUGGCAAAUUCGGUGGUGGCAGACCCGGUGGCCCUGGUGGCAAAUUUGGUGCCAAGGGUCCUAGAGGUCCCAAGACUAUUAUUGUUAAGCAUAGAUUAGAAGGUGUUUUCAUCUGCAAAGGUCAAUAAGAAGCUUUGGUAACUAAAAAUUUCUUCCCUGGUGAAUCUGUUUACAAUGAAAAACGUAUGUCCGUUGAAGAAAACGGUGAAAAGAUUGAAUAUCGUGUCUGGAAUCCCUACAGAUCUAAAAUUGCUGCUGCUGUUGUUGGUGGUAUUUCUGAUAUUCAUAUUAAACCUGGCUCCAAGGUUCUCUAUUUGGGUGGUGCCUCUGGUACAACUGUCUCUCACGUUGCUGAUAUUGUUGGACCCACUGGUGUUGUCUAUGCUGUCGAAUUCUCUCACAGAAGUGGUAGAGAUUUGGUAAAUAUGGCUAAGAAGAGAACCAAUGUUGUUCCCAUUAUCGGUGAUGCUAGAAAGCCCCAAGAAUACAGAUUCUUAGUCGGUAUGGUCGAUGUCGUCUUCGCUGAUGUUGCCCAACCUGAUCAAGCUAGAAUUAUGGGUAUGAACUGUUAAUACUUCUUAAAGAAUGGUGGUCACUUCCUUAUCUCCAUUAAGGCUUGCUGUAUUGAUUCAACCAACGAACCUGCAGUCGUUUUCGCUGCUGAAGUACAAAAAUUAAAAGAAGAAGGUCUCAAGCCUGAAUAAUAACUUACUCUUGAACCUUAUGAAAGAGAUCACGCUAUGGUCCUCGGUUCUUACAGAGCUUGA